CUGCACUACGGGACCCUCCUGGGCAGCAGAGCUUGUGCCCACAUGGCAGCAGCUGCCUGGGCCAGUGCCUUUCUCAAUGCUCUGCUGCACACAGCCAAUACAUUUUCCCUGCCCCUGUGCCAUGGCAAUGCCCUGGGCCAGUUCUUCUGUGAAAUCCCACACAUCCUCACACUCUCCUGCUCCAAAUCCUACCUCAGGGAGCUUGGGCUUCUGGAUGUAAGUGUCUGUGUAGGCUCAAGCUGUUUUGUGUUCAUUGUUUUCUCCUAUGUGCAGAUUUUCAGGGCUGUGCUAAGGAUCCCCUCUGAGCAGGGACGGCACAAAGCCUUUUCCACCUGCCUCCCUCACCUGGCUGUGCUCUCCCUGUUUGUCAGCACUGGUGUAUUUACCUAUCUGAAGCCCCGCUCCAUGUCCUCCCCAUCCCUGGAUCUGGCCCUGUCAGUUCUGUAUUCAGUGGUGCCUCCAAAUGAUGAAUUUGAAGUUUUAGUUGAUAACGGAGCAGACAAGUCAUGUGUGACUAAAAUACCAACAGGAAUCACAGUCGGUAAAAAGGUCUGCAAAGUACGAGGGGCCAAAGGAGAAUCAUUGGAGGCCCAGAUUAUAGAAGAUGUAGAAAUUAGAGGAAAUUCAAGAGAGUGUUGA